CAGGCUUCAUUUCCUGCUUUGCUGAUUGCCUGGAUUUAAGAAAGGGACAGAGAAAAUGGGAAUCAUGCAGUUUAAACCUUAGAGGGGCUGGUGUGGACGGUUUUCCCCAGAGAGCCAGUGGAGAGACACUUAGCAGCAACCUCUGGUGAGAUCAUUAGGGCCCAAUUGAAGACGGAGAGAUGUCGAGACUUUGAAGUGUGUUCAAAAAGCCUAUUCCACCAGCCUAAGAGGGAGCGGGGGCACACGGCCCGAGGCUUUUAGCUGCCUGGUCAGUGUGUUUUGGCAGCCAGGCAAUGGAUGGCGACCUGCCAGUGGACAAAGAGGCCGACGGGCCGAGGGGAGGGAGGCAGUGGUCACAUCCUGCCAAUCUUAGUACUGAAUCCCAGGAGAGGAGACACCCCAGAAAUCAUAGGAGCCUGGUCAUUUGUUUAAGAUUGCACAAGGCCCUCUGCUCUAGGCUGCUGGAAGACAUGGGGGCUGUUCGGAUCCGCCUGGCACCUGCUUACCCAGCAAGCCUGGGAGCCUUUGGUGUCUACCUUCAGGGUUAUCAUGGAGCCCUCUCUGAUUGGCUGAGGAAGGCCACCUACCACUGGCUACCUCUGGCUGACCGCUAUGCCCUCCUGUACUGGCACAACCAAGUUGAUCCAAGGGAGAUCUUGGGCAUGGUGAACAUGGUGGCCCUGGACAAUGGGCAACUGGGGCCGCUGCUUCCCGCAGAAACAGUUUGGAGCCUGUAGGAUGAAUGUGUGACUGAUGUCAAGGUGAUCUGGGAGAAGGGCGGAGGGGUCUGCCUGGGUCACCAGGGGUUUACAGGCUCCCCUGGCUUUCUGGCCUUGGACAAAUUUAUGACUCCCUAGGUCUAUGACUCAAAGAUUCCAUGACUAUAAGAACGAUCUUUGGACUGGUGAGGACAGAACAAAAAGGGCUACGGAGAACUGAAGCCCAGGAGAGAUACA